CUUAUAUUGAGUAAUGCCGCGCUGUGUAAAAUGGUCAUUGGCUUGAAUGUUGCAAAGGCAUAGAAUAACUUGAUAACCUGAAUCGCUCGCUGUGAACUUGCCAGCAGUAGUGUUGAUAAGGAGCCUUUCCAACAAAGAGCAGACUCCCUGCUGCGUCUAAUAAGUAUUUUCUGAACUGAAUGUUCAGUCAAUGUGCCUACUUCAAUUGCAAUUAACAAACUGACGCUUGUACGCAUGUUUGCGCAAGCUGAUUGGGUAAAUACAGUUAUCUAAAGAUUGCCGCCCAGGUAUAAGCACUCUACGCAACAACUAUAAAAACCUAAGACAGCGUAAGCAGGACGCAUAAGGUGUCCAAAGCUCAAAGUAGCAUGUGGAAAAUCUCAGGCAUAUUGCUCUUGCUCCAGUUGCUGCAAGGUGCUCUAACUUUAGAUAAUGGACUGGCACGCACACCUCCCAUGGGCUGGAUGUCCUGGCAGCGUUUUCGCUGCAUAACGGAUUGCAAAUCCUAUCCAGAUGAGUGCAUAAGUGAAUCGCUGUUUCGUCGUCAUGCAGAUUUGCUGGCGGACGAGGGCUACGCUGAAGCUGGCUAUGAAUACGUUAUUAUUGAUGAUUGUUGGCUUGAAAAGAAUCGUGAUACAAAGACCAAUAAAUUGGUUGCAGAUCUUAAACGAUUUCCAAGUGGGCUCAAUGCAUUAGCAGAUCAUAUACAUGACAGAGGACUCAAGUUUGGCUUGUAUCAAGAUUUUGGCACACACACCUGCGCAGGCUAUCCUGGCGUCAUUAAUCAUAUGGAGCUCGAUGCUCAAACUUUUGCAGAUUGGCAGGUGGAUUACGUGAAGCUGGACGGUUGCUAUGCCAACAUUAGCGACAUGGCAGUGGGUUAUCCUGAAUUUGGGCGGUUGCUCAACCAUACAGGACGUCCUAUGGUUUAUUCAUGCAGCUGGCCUGCAUAUCAGGAGCCCAAUGGCGAAAUGCCUGACUAUGAAUCCUUGAAGCAACAUUGCAAUCUCUGGCGCAAUUGGGAUGACAUAGAUGAUUCACUUGAGUCGCUGCUGCAGAUUACCGACUACUUUGCCAAGAAUCAGGAUAGAAUACAGCCACAUGGUGGUCCAGGACAUUGGAAUGAUCCCGAUAUGCUACUCUUGGGCAACUAUGGCUUGAGCUACGAUCAAAGCAAGUUACAAAUGGCCAUCUGGGCUAUAAUGGCGGCGCCCUUAAUAAUGUCCAAUGACUUGGCUAGCGUGCGGCCUGAAAUAAAGGAUAUUUUACAAAAUCGCCAUGUUAUAGCUGUAAAUCAGGAUCCUUUGGGCAUACAAGGUCGCCGACUGCUGGUGAAGAACAAUAUUGAGGUCUGGCGUCGUCCUAUAACACCAGAGGCUCCAAGUGGCGAGUACUCCUAUGCUUUAGCCUUCGUUAGUCGUCGCACAGAUGGUGCACCCUACUCUAUAAGCUUUACGCUUAAGGAAUUAUACUUGAACAACCUGAAGGGCUACGGCGUGCAGGACUUGUACAAGAAUAACCUUGAUAUGGGCGUUUUUGGCUUGGAAAGUCAAUUUAAAACGCGUGUCAUACCCAAUGGCGUUACUUUCUUCAAGUUUACGGCAUUGUAAGCUUAUCUUUAAUCCUAUACAGUACUAAACAUUUGUAACUUGCAAUUUAACUUAAGCGCUUACUAAACAACAAUAAUAAU